GAUCUUCUGCAUGCUGAAGAGCGCGGAAUCAAAUCCCUCCACGAGUUUGUUGACCAGCGGCUAAUCACGGACUCGAUGGGGUUUCAUGAUACGCUGAAAAAGCUCAGCCUGAGAACCUUCACCAUCAAACGCAAGAAGAAGCCUGAGAAUGAUCCUGUGGGUAUUCUCCAUUCAGACCGGUCGACAUUCUCUCGUAUCGCUCUGGUCGCUCAAACCCGGCAGAUGGACAUGCGAGAGGUGUUGUCAUAUCCGCUUGGCCCUUUGCCGUGGUCACUUUCUACUACAUCGGGCACAUUGAUCAAGACGAGCAAGUCAGCACUCCUUCCUCUGCUCUUUGAUGACAACUCUGGGUCAGAGACUACAGACAAUGCUGGUGAUGGAGCUCUGAUUGUUGACGCAAUGGCACUUCUCAGAGCUAUGAAGGUUAAUGAAUUGCCAUCGACGUACGGAGAAUUUGCAGCGCUUGUGUUGUCCCGUCUCUGCCGUUUCAUGAGUUCGUACAAGAGGGUGGACUUUGUUGUCGACACGUACCGCCAAGUCUCUAUUACAAACCUGGAGAGAACGUCACGGAUGAGUGCUGGAGCACUCCGGCAGCACAUCACUGGCUCCAUUCAGCGUCUGCCGCGCCAAUUCUCCAAGUUCUUGGCCGUUGGAGAGAACAAGAGUGAACUACUGGAGUUUUUCUUCACCCAAUGGCAAACACCAGAAUUGAUGUCAACAGUUCCUGCCCAGAAGGAACUUGUUGUCACUUCCGGAAGCUCUUGUGUGAUGAUCAAGAACAAUGAUGCAUCGCCAGCUUCGCAGCCGCUUCCAGAUCUCGUCUGCACUCACGAAGAGGCCGAUACACGUCUGCUUCUUCAUGCAAAGCAUGCUGCCUGCGCCGGUUGUUCUCACGUUACAAUUAAGACGCCCGACACUGAUGUGGCAGUACUGGCCACUGCGUUCUGCAGGUCUAUUGCAUCGCGCCUGAGUCUCCUCAUCGGAGCAGGGUCAAGACUCCGCCGAAUAAACGUCAAUGCUGCAAGCAACAAGUUGGGGCAAGAAGUCAGCAGCGCACUUCCUGGGUUCCAUGCCUUCACCGGGUGCGAUACGACUAGUGCAUUUGCUGGCCGCGGCAAGAAGGCAGCCUUCAAACUUCUAUGCUCUGACAAGCCAGUGUCAGUACUCGCCCGCAGUGCGUUCGUGGCUGUAGGCAACAAAUUUGAGGCUCUUCCAGCUGAGCAUAUUGCCACCCUGGAGAAGUACACCUGCAUGCUCUAUAAUGCAACACAGUGUAGCAGCGUCAAUGAUGCAAGGUACCAGCUGUUCUGCACCAGGAGCCUCCAGUCAAGCCAGCUGCCUCCAUGCAGGGAUGCAUUCCUGAGGCACUGCUCGCGGGCCAAUUAUCAAGCUGGUGUAUGGAGGCGGUGCCUUGUUGCUAGUCCCGUGGACAUUCUGUCAGCACACCAGGAUGGUCAAGGAUGGCAACUCAGGAGCGAUGGAUGUUUGACUAUAGAUUGGACCGACCUGCCACCUGCACCUCGCUCUAUUCUAGAGUUUCUGCGAUGUGGGUGCAAGACUGGUUGCAGUGGAGGAAGCUGCUCGUGCCGACGUCAUGCAUUGCCGUGCACGGAUGCAUGCGGAUGUCGCCACAAUUCCCCAGUGGCCUGCACAAACUGUAUGGAGGAACUCGCUGCAUGUGAAAACGAAGAUGCGCCGUUAGCGGACUCAGUGGAUGAGUAAGCUAUCAAGCUCAACUGUUUACCUUAACGCAUGGCAGCUACUUGCAAUGCUGAAGAGUUGAACUAGUUUCAUUCCCUCUGUUCAUCUUUCUAAUUAGUUGUCUGGGACUCGUCU